AAAUCGGUAGCUACUACUACUACCCUACCACCGGCUUGCUUCGUGCUGCUGGUGGUUAUGGUCCCCUUACUGUCGUAAGUCGUGCAUUGAUCCCUGUCCCAUUUGAUAAACCUGAGGAUGAUUACACGGUCCUUGUGGGGGAUUGGUACACCAAGAGCCACACUGAAUUAAGAAGCAUGUUGGAUACCGGACGCGGUCUUGGAAGGCCACAAGGCUUGGUUAUCAAUGGCAAAAGCGGGAAAGGCGACGGUAAGGAUGAGCCAAUGUACACAUUGACCCCCGGAAAGACAUACAGGUUUAGGUUUUGCAACGUUGGCAUGAAGGAUUCUAUCAAUGUUAGGUUCCAAGGCCACACAAUGAGACUCGUUGAGAUCGAAGGUUCACACGUCGUGCAAAAUGUGUACGAUUCCCUAGACAUCCACUUGGGACAAUGCUUAUCCGUUUUGGUAACCGCUGAUAAGGAACCCAAGGACUAUUUCAUCGUGGCCUCCACAAGGUUCACUAAGGAACCACACACGGCCACCGCCACUAUCCGUUAUGCCAACAGUAAGUCCCCCGCCUCCCCUCAAUUGCCUAAGGCACCAGAAGGGUGGGAAUGGUCCCUUAACCAAUUCCGCUCAUUCCGCUGGAACUUGACUAACAGCGCAGCUAGACCUAACCCUCAAGGAUCUUACCACUACGGAAAGAUCAACAUCUCAAGAACCAUCAAGCUAGUCACAUCAGCAGGCAAAGUUGACGGUAAGCUCCGUUACGCCAUAAACGGCAUCUCCCACGUGGAUCCCCCUACACCAAUCAGAUUGGCACAACAUUAUGGUGUUUCGGACAAGGUGUUCAAGUAUGACUUGAUCAAGGAUGACUACAAGCCUACAGGGGAAGAUGGACAAGACAAAAUCACACUUGGACCUAGUGUGAUCAAUGGCACCUGGAAAAGCUUUGUGGAGUUCGUUAUUGAGAACCCUGGCAAAAGUGUUCAAUCUUUUCACAUGUCUGGAUAUGCAUUCUUUGCUGUAUCGAUUGAGUCGGGAAGGUGGUCACCAGAGAAGAGAAAGAACUACAACUUGCUUGAUGCUGUUAGCAGGAACACGAUCCAAGUUUACCCAAAUUCAUUUGCAGUUAUAAUGACUGCUCUUGAUAAUGCUGGAUUAUGGAAUAUUAGGGUCAAUUCAAUGGAGAAGCAUUAUUUGGGACAACAAUUUUAUCUGAGUGUCCAUGC